AUGGCGUCCACGCCCUCCGCCGCCGUCCACUGCGCCGCGAGGACAUUCUCCCCCUCCGCGCCGCCCCGCGGGCCGGCGAAAUCUGCCUCCUUUGUCAGCGUUCCGGGGGGGCGGCGCCGGGUGGUGGCCGCGGCGCUGGGGGACAUGGACAUGCGCCCGGCCAUCGACGAGAACCCCGAGGGCGUGCUGUCCGGCGAGUGGCCCGGCAACUUCUCCCUCGCCAGCUACGACGACCUCCGCCAGUACCUCGAGUCCCAGAUCGUCUCCACCGACAAGAUGAGCCCCACGGCGAAGCUCGGGGAGGUGAUGUCGCGCCCGGUGGAGGUGGCCACGCCGGACCAGAAGCUGGCCGAGAUCGACGCCCUCUUCGCCACCCAGUCCGGCCUGCCCGUCGUCGACGGCGAGGGCAGGUGCAUCGGGGUCGUCUCCAAGAAGGACAAGGCCAGGGCCUCCAAUGGGUUGGACUCAACCAUUGGAGAAGUCAUGUCCUCUCCUGCUGUAACUCUGACUCUAGAGAAGACUGUCUUGGAAGCUGCUGCACUAAUGCUCAAGCACAAAGUUCACAGGAUACCAGUUGUGAAUGAACAACAGCAAGUGAUCGGUAUCGUAACGCGGACGGACGUCUUCCAGGCCUUGGAGGCCAGCAAGGCGUAA